CGCCAAGGAAACCCGGAAGUAAACAAGGGAAGACACGCAACAGUAGAGCUGAGAACCCGCUUGAUGUUUGGCGUCACAUAACUAUCUCGAUGAUGACCACCAAGAGGCUGGACCACUUCGAGGUGGUUUGCGAGUGGGGGUCAUGCGGCUACAGAGGCAGCAGCAUGGAAGAGCUGAGCGACCACAUGUCUCAGCAUCUGCGAGACUACUUGGGGGACAAAGACACCCUGGAGGAGUUAGACGAGUAUGCCUGCAUGUGGGAAGGCUGCGAGUUUGUCUCCAUGGGCAGCCCGGUCCAGCUGGAGUCUCACAUGUACUUCCACAUCUACCACGGCAAGCUCAAGUUUUUGGGUUCUCAGCUGCUUCAGUCUCGACCUGACCUACCUGCCUGCAACCACGCUGUGCACACCAACAACUUGCUGCCCGAGGGUUCCGACCAACACCUGUGCCAUUGGGAUAACUGUGAUAGCUCAUUCACCAACCCCGAGUGGUUCUACCGGCAUGUGGACAAUCACGUGGAAAGUGCAGAGCACAAGCCGCUCUCUCAUCAACGGCAGGCUCUCUUCUGCCACUGGUCGGGCUGCGACGUCUACGUCAAGAUCCGCUACCGCCUGAGAGAACACGUACGAAGUCACACGCAAGAACGACUAGUUGCCUGUCCCACAUGCGGCAGCAUUUUCUCUUGCAAUACCAAACUCUUUGACCACCUCCAAAGGCAGGCACAGCCACUGGAUUCACUCGUGUGUGAACACUGUGGCAAAGCCUUUUCCAGUGAGAGACUAUUGCGGGGUCAUGUUCGACAACAUGUGAAUCAUGUCAAGUGCCCUUUCUGCGACAUGACAUGCACCACGCUGGCCGCGCUGAAGAUCCACAUCCGCUUCCGACACUGCGACGAGCGGCCUUUCCCGUGUGACUUUUGCGAUAAAAGGUUCAAGAACCAGCGAGACCUGAAUAAGCACACAUUCGUCCACAACGAGGGCUCGCUGUUCCGCUGCUCCGUGGAAGGCUGCCAGUAUUCGUGCCAGACGUACCAGUCCAUGAGCCAGCAUUUCAAGAGGGAGCACGAGGUAGGGGGCGUGUCUAAGUAUAAAUGUCACCUUUGUGACAAGGUGUUCUCCUGGUGUUACACGCUCACACUUCACCUGCGAAAGAAACAUGAACUCAAGUGGCCAUCGGGUCAUUCGCGAUUCAGAUACAGGAAGGACGCCGACGGCUUUCUAAAACUCAACAUGGUGCGUGUGGAGACGGAGGAGGUGACCAAAGAAAUCAUGAAGAACAUGAACAAGAGACCCACAGGCCUUCGCAAGAGCCCGCGAAGGCGUGGCGAGAAAGAGGCCGCGCCCGAUGGCGGAAGCUCUUCCUCGACUUCUUCCUUCUCCGAGGAGGACACGUCUGCUCAGUCGAGCCCUCGCAGAGGCGACGAGUCCCCCGUGUACUGUGUCAUGAGCACCAUCCCGCAAAUCGACGACGAGCCGGUCGGGACCGCCCGGGAGGAGCAAGACGCCGGCGGGACGUCCAGAGCCGUUCAGGCCCUCACCAUGGUGGCGAGGGGGUUGGGCAUGGAUGUCGUGUGAUUCCAUUUAAACUUGUUAUUGAGUGAUUGUCGAUUUGAAUUUGCAUUGUUCUAGACUUCAAAAUUUUUUUCCAGCUACUUUUAAAUUUUUACACAUAUGUUUUUCAUGUCAUUUUAUUAGCCCGUGCCAUUUGUCUGACUGAUCUUAUCCUGCCAAUGUGUUAACUGGCGAUACAUGUAAAAAAUAAACACAUUUUAAAAGAUGUCCACUCCUUUGCCAAUCAGACCUUCACUUUUAUUCACAUCUGUAGGAUAAGACAGAUGAUAUGGUUGACAUUUGAAGCAUCGGAAUUUUUUUUUGCAAUUCAAUUUAAGGCCUCAAGCAGGCUGAAUGGAGGAGAUGACCUGCUGACAUGGAGGUGCAGAACGGGUGGGUUCAGUGGAGGAAGGAGUGGGUUUUUUUGCUGUGAGUGUAGCUUUAGCUUAGAGAAUCUGCCACGAGGCCAUUCGUACAGCUUGUCUUCAACCCCCAAAAGAUGUCCGUGGGUUGCAUCUAGCAGCAGCUGCGGCUUACACCACGGAUCACUGGUGUGCGCCAUUCCUUCAAGUCCCUGCUUCAUGUACUUCCUGGUGUGGCGAUGCCGCCAUAUUCCUUCAAGCGCAUUCGGAGCAGCCUCCAGCGGGAUGGGCCGAAAAACAUUCUGCAGGGUUUUUCUUCUCACUGGUCCGAAAGCAGAUGGCAGAGCUGACACGGACAAAAGUGUCAUUACUGCUGUGACAACACAAGAUUAUGCACUGUAUAGGCCUACAGUAAGAAGCAGAAGUAUUUGCACCCUUUGUGAUUUUGCAAGUUCACCCACUUAGAAAAUAGGUUGAUGUCUGAAAUUUCAAUCUUAGAUGUACAGCGUAUCACAAAAGCGAGUACACCCCUCGCAUUUCUGCGAUAUUUAUAUCUUCUCAUGGGACAACACUGACAAAAUGACACUGUGACAACAUGAAAAGUAGUAAAUAUUAGCAUUGAUUUUCUCAGUGGGGUUCAGUGUCUUGCUCAAGGACACUUAGACGAGUUCAUCAGGGCGGAGAAUCGAACCCACAUCCUCUGGGUUGGGGGACAAUUACUCUAUACAUGGUGUUCUUCGGAUGCAAUUCAGUAUUCUUUCUCCCCCAAACACGAGAACCUGUGUUUCUACCAAAAUGUUCUAUUUUGGUUUCAUCUGACCAUAACGCAUUCUCCCAGUCCUCUUCUGGAUAAUCCAAAUGCUCUUUAGCGAACUGCAGACGGGCCUGGACGGGUACUGGCUUCAGCAGGGGGACACGUCUGGCAGUGCAGGAUUUGAGUCCCUGGCGGCGCAUUGUGUUA